ACUCGCUGAGCAGACCAGGCCAGUUUGUCCAGCAGGAUUUCAGGCGACAGCCCGGACUGUGAGGAGACACCCAGGGGACACAGGGACAUCCAGGAUUGGUGCCAGCCCUGCUCAGCCCUGCUGCUGCUGCUGCUGGGGAAGCUCUCACCAUGAAUUUCCUGCGGCGGCGUCUCUCUGACAGCAGCUUUGUGGCCAACCUGCCCAACGGGUACAUGCUGGACCUGCAGCGCCCCGACAGCUCCAGCAGCUCCCCGGUGUCCCCCGCCACCGAGAGGAGGCACCUGCAGCCCCCCCAGCCCGUGCACUCCUCAUCUGCAGGCAGCAGCAUCUUCAGCUCCAUCUCCAGCGCUGUGAAACACACCACCCAGGCUGUGGGGCUGGUGGAGCCCUCGGCCAGCCCUGUGCCUGCUGCGGUACAGAAACCCAAAAUCCUGCUGGUGAUCGACGAGGCCAAAUAUUUCCAGGGGAAGAAGGUGAACGGAGAAUUUGAUAUCCGGGUGGAACAGGCAGAGUUCUCGGAGCUGAACUUGGCCUCGUACGUGGGGGGCGGCUGCACCGUGGACAUGCAGGUGCUGAGGAAUGGCACCAAAGUGGUCAGGUCGUUCAAGCCYGAUUUGGUGUUGGUCCGGCAGCACGCCUACAGCAUGGCGCUGGGGGAGGAUUUCCGCAGCCUCAUCAUCGGCCUCCAGUACGGCAGAGUGCCCGGAGUCAACUCCCUCUGCUCCAUCUACAACUUCUGCAGCAAGCCCUGGGUGUUCUCUCAGCUCAUUAAAAUCUUCAACUCGCUGGGUCCUGAGAAGUUUCCCCUCGUGGAGCAAACGUUCUUCCCAAGCCAUAAGCAGAUGGUCAUGUAA